CGCAUGUCAAGAUUAACUGAGCACACACACCAACAGGGGACCGUGGAGGAAGACAGCUAGUCGCCGCCACCCAAGACCGGGACCCUGCUCGAUCUGGGGGCAAGCUUCGUAGAAGAAAUCUACUCUACGUACCCACCCCAUUCACCUCGUGGGCUAAACAGAAGUGUCCACAUAUUUCCCGAUCCCUCAGGAUCUCCCUGGAGAUCCGAAGGCGGGUGUGGACGGCACCGUGGUGAAACAAAUUCAGUAGCUCAGACGGCCAGCCCAGAGUGGUUUUGGGUGUGGGGGCACGCCCAGCAGGAAAAAGCAGAUCAGGGCGGAUGAAGCCAGAGUUCUCGGGUCUUGGCGGAUGCUGGUCGGAACCUAACUAACUAGAGGAGCCCCGGAAGCCACCUACAGGAAAAAGAUGCCUGCCUUCAACAAAUUGUUUCCCCUGGCUUCCCUUGUGCUCAUCUUCUGGGUCAAUGUCUGCAUCCCUGUGUGUGUGGAGGUGCCCUCGGAGACAGAGGUGGUUCAGGGCAAAUUCAUGAAGCUGCGCUGCAUCUCCUGCAUGAAGAGGGAGGAGGUGGAGGCCACCACGGUGGUGGAGUGGUUCUACAGGCCUGAGGGCGGUAAAGAUUUCCUCAUCUACGAGUAUCGGAAUGGCCACCAGGAGGUGGAGAGCCCCUUCCAGGGACGCCUGCAGUGGAACGGGAGCAAGGACUUGCAGGAUGUGUCCAUCACGUUGCUUAACGUCACCCUGAAUGACUCUGGCCUCUACACCUGCAACGUGUCCCGGGAGUUUGAGUUUGAGGCACACCGCCCCUUUGUGAAGACCACACGGCUGAUUCCCCUCCGAGUCACUGAGGAAGCUGGAGAGGACUUCACUUCUGUGGUCUCGGAAAUCAUGAUGUACAUCCUUCUUGUCUUCCUGACUUUGUGGCUGCUCAUUGAGAUGAUAUAUUGCUACAGGAAGGUCUCAAAGGCUGAAGAAGCGGCCCAAGAAAAUGCGUCUGACUAUCUAGCCAUCCCAUCGGAGAACAAAGAGAACUCUGUGGUGCCUGUGGAGGAAUAGAAGAGAAGGGUGUGACUAAGGUGAAGUACAGUGAAGUAGGUGGCCUGAACACUGAAAGACUGGAUAUCCCAGGUUGAAUGGCGUCAGCAGCAUCAGGAGGGUGCCCUGAGGGCCACAUUGCUUUCCUUCACCAUCAUCCUUCUAUUCAUUCAUCAAAAUCCAUUCACCUCUGAGCUUUCACUUCUGACUUCCUAACUCCACCAGAAUUCUUCACAACCAUGAGACUUUGCCAGAACUGAGGAGCCAACAUUUCUACUUGGACUCAACCUCACCCUGUCUUAGUUGUCAUGCAAGCAGCUCCCAGGCCAGCUGGACUUCUGCCCUGUGCUCCAAGUGGGAUUGUGUACAGUGCUGAAGGUGGCACACCCUUGCCCACAACUGGCUGGAAACAGCUUAUUUUCUAUUGCUGCAAGUGAAUGGAUGUUUUAAUAAAGGAAGCAGAUGGGAUGAGUUCAAGGUUAAAGCAAGUUAUCAGGAACUGGAAUUCUGUGAUAUCAGUUAUUCCAAGUUCUGGCCCACUUGGCUAGAGCACAGAGCAAAGCAUGCCCCCGUAGAAAGUCAUUCAGUAUGGACACGUACCAAGAACUCCAAGGCUAGAUCCUGAUAAGUCUCUAAGACCUGGAUUAGUCUCAGUCCUUCAAAAAUCCAAGGACAGAAAACUUGAGGACUGAUAGCAAUUUAAGUGGCAUUUAAAAAUCAUACAGAAUGUUCCUGAUGUGAUGGGAGUAAUAUAUCUGGUGUCCCCAAAGGUGUCCACCACCCAAGAUAGCUGGGAGGCAUAAUUUUCCUGUGGAUGUGAGAACUACAAUUCUAAGUUCUUCCUCAAAAUUUCUGUGGAUCAGUAUUAUUCCUUGCUUUACAGGAGGCAACUGAGACUUAGACAGGGAUCACCUGAGUAAGAGACUUGGAAGAAGAGAUAAGAAGCCUUGAGUGCUGCUUCUUCCCAAGACAGGGCUGUUUUUGCAGACUUUAAAAUCAAGCUUGGCUAAGGCCAGGCUCUCUCAAAAGCACAGACAGGACUGAAUUGCCUGACUCUGAUACAUUCAGGGAACUAGAAACUCUUCAGAGAACUGAGGUCAACUUGCAGAAUUUCCUUAGUGAAAGAUCUGUGCAUCUGAGAUGGUGAACUCUCCAGGAGAUGCAUCUGGGAAUGAUCUUUAAACCAAGAGACUGGUUUUUCAGCCUGAGAUGGGUGAUGAGCAAAUGAUGAAGUGAUGGCAAGGAGUGAGCCAGGUGGCUUCCCAGUGACUCACUUGUGAAUCUAGUAAUAUCUGAUGUCCUCCUUGUAUGCUGGGAGGGCAGAGGGACACUGGAAAUAGUCCCCAUCUCAUGUUCCAUAUUGAGUGACUAGUCAAGGUGUGAUGUUCUUCAGCACCAGUGAUGAGAGAAAGGAAGGCUGCCUUCUGGGGGACAAGAUGACGAAAGGGACUUGAGAUUCGAUGAGUGGAAUAUUCAUCAGAUCUGGGGGAAUCUGUGGGGAAGAUCAUGCUCCACUGGCUUUAGGCCUCACCUGAUGAACUCAUUUCUUCAUCUCUUUCACCCUGGAGAAAUACUUGAAACAAGUCCUGGUCCACAUAUUCAAGAUCCAACUUUAUUGAAGACAAGACUUUCCAUGAAGUCAAGGCCCUUCUUGUUGUUAAUUUAAUCCUACUGAAACAGGGGGCAGAAUAGAGAUCCUCUCUCUGUAGCUAAGAAGAUGAGCCUGGAUGAUGGGUUACUCUGGGGCUUCCCAGCCAUGUGGCAGGCUGACUGUAGAGCUUGCUCUAGAAGAUAGCCACACGCCACCCUCCACCUUCCUCUUGGUUCCAUUAAACCAUGUUAUCUAGCUUGAAAUGCAUGAGCCUCUUUUUCCUUUUUAAGAAGCCCAACUCAGAUGUGAUUUUUUUUUUAAACAAAACUGAAUAGUGGCUACCAUUUUUAAAAUUCAUGCUUACCAGUAAUAGUCUCUAUUCUUUUUCCCCCUACCUUCUUAACUCUUCCAUUCAUCAUAUUUUCAUUCGAGUUAUGGUUUAUAUAAUAAUGUUUCAUUUUAGGGGCCAUUUCUAACCCUGUGAGAUGGAUAUUACUCAUUAGCAUGUUUCAAAUGAAGAAACCGAGGCUCUUUGAGGGUCAGUAGUUUUACUGAAUCCCAAGUCCAGCUAGGUGGUGAGUGAGAGUUGGAACCCAGGCCUUGUCAUGCCCAUGCUCUUUCCAUUCAGACCACGGCUGCUUCCUUUGCUUUCUUUUCAGCUUCCAUCCAACCUUUGCCUCCCUGGUUUGUGUGAAAAUAUUCAGCGUCUCUCACCUCUAAACCCACACAACUGCUCGUCUAGGACUUUGCUUCUUGGUAGAUGCUAGAAGUGUGCUUUGCUUUGAGAGUUCAUCUCAUUUUGUUUCCCCUUCCUAGUUGGUGUGUACCUCAUCAUUUCUUCUUACUGGCUUAAACUCCUUCCUGGGAGACUUGAUCAUGACUAUAAAUCUACAAGGUACUGUGAUCACCAGCCUAUUUCAAAAUCUGUACCACCUCCCUAUUUCUCCCAUAUUCCUACAAAGAAUCCAGACUACAUGUGCAUUCCUCUGGAAGCUCUACCUGGCAUGUUCUUACUCAAGGGCUUAGAAAUGUUCUCAAGGGCUAUUCUCACUUGAGGAACCCCAUCUGUGUCUUGGUGCUGGCUAUUUCCCAUGACUGGUCCUCAAGAACACAGGCCACUAAUGGCCAAGCCAGGCGGGCUAUGACUUUCCCUUUCCUGCUGCUUAACAGCCAUGAACUUGUUUACUCAGUUGGCCCUGUAAGCAUCUUGCCCUCUAACCUUUACUGUCAGUUCAAUCUUACAUCACACCCCUGACUCCUGCAAUGGAAAUACCUGAUCUGAGCCUGUCCCCUCCCCCACCUUUAUUUUCAGGCUGUUUAAAAGUAUUAUGCUUUAGUUUUUCAAACUGCAAAUAUCCAUACAGCCAGAUUUCUGAAUCUCUGAGUGCCUAGUUUUUUCUUCUAUGACAAACUAGAAAUGUUAGUGGGACAUUUUUCAAAGCAGGAAUAUGCUGGAGACAUGUACAGCAGUUAAUGAUUAAGAACAGAGCAGCUCCCUUCUCUCCCUGUAAAACUACUACAUUAAAAAGGGAAAUAACCCCCAUCUGAGAUCCAUGAACCCACCAGACAUAAACCAGAGAGAAGAUGCUGUGUAACAGCAUCUUUGCAGGAAGAAAGAACUAGACACAUUUCAAUACAUUGAGUUCCUGUCCCCAGGUUAGCAUGUAAGUGAAAAAACAAAUCAAAGCAUUUCUCUGACCUUUUGGAAAUUGAUGCUCCCUAAUCCAGGGACGUCUCACUGCACCCAUUGCUCACUCCGAUCAUCCGCUCAUUCUUCAUUUCAGUGCACACCCUGUCGAGCAUUAAUCUAGACCACCCCCCAUCCCCCGUUCAAGUGUGCCCUGUGUUCCUAGGUCGCAAAAAUACCAUCACUCCAGCCUCUCUUGAUCUCUUAAAACCUGUGGGAGCUCAUGUUAGAUGCCCUUGCCCCCAAGUUUACAGUCGGGCCCAGUACACAAGCACACAACGCAAGUCUAAGUUGGAGAUGAGGCUUAACCUCUCCCAGGUCAGCUGUUCCCAAGGCUGGCGAUCCUCCUCUCCCUGAGUCAUUAAUUGGCAAGAGCUGUGUCUUCUGGGCAGUGUGUGUGUGAUGGGGACUGGAGGCAGCGGAAGGGCAAGUGUUUGCAGGUUUGUGAAACGGCAUCUAGUUCAAUUGGCAAACUUAGUGUUGCUACUGAUGGAACUCUUUCCCUCACUGCCACCUUCAUAUGGCUUUUUCUUGAUUUCCCACAGCCAGUCCUUUUCUGAACUCUAGAGCUGUUCCUGACCACCCAAGUUCUCGACAACUGUUGCCUGUCUGUAGUGUUUUACAGGAAACUCCCUGUUCAUGUUAAUAAAGUGUCUAAGCAUC